AUGUCGUCAUUUGAAUCGUUCAUGGAAAGCGACACUUUCUUGUCUUAUGAAGAAAAGCUGGGGAAAGAAGAUAAAGAGGUACUGAGUGCAGUGCGAGAAAGAAGAAAGAAAGAAACCGUUAUGGAGAAGAAGGAAUACGUGAUGGAGUGGUUAAAAAGCAACGCAGGUGUGCACAGUAGCGUGAGGCGGUCAAAAAGUAUAGAGCGUCUUACGAAGCGUAGUAUUCGUUUGGAACUAAGUUUUCUUGUUCCUGAUCAAGCUCCCACUCCUCCAGGUGUACGA